UAUUGUUUAUAUAGUUAACGGCUACCUUUGGUUGACAAAAUGUUCUCAAAAUAUUUUUUGGUUAGUGUAUUACUCGUAAUUUUUGGGACAAGUCCAUGUCUUUGUGAUAACUUUCGUGACUGUCCUAAAGAGGAAACAGCACAAAAAUUAGUAGCUGCUAUAGAAAGAGAAAAGCCAGGCAGCAUUUUUGGACCUGUCACACUUGAUGUCGUCAUUCCGGAAAAUGGAUUGUUCAACUCAACAAUCACAUGCGUCAUAGUAACAGACUUAUCAGAAGAUGGACAUGGAGGAAAAGUGUCAAUAAUUGGUGGAGGAGUUGGUUCUGAAUUUGUAGAAAUAAAAAUCGUUUCUGAGUUCCUGAGGGGGCUCCAUUAUCGGUUCGAAGUUUAUACUGCCUAAUGAUUGGAACCAUCGUUGAACUAGAUUUGAGUAAUUUUUUGUUUUGUUUACUAUAAUUGAACAGAAAACCUGAUAUUUGUUUAGUUUCAAUAAAAAAUAAAUCAUUGAAUCACAA